ACCCCCUGGGACUGCCGCACGAAUCUCACCGAGAAGAGAUGGAGAGGGUCUGAGGACAAAACAGAGACACGAGGACAGAAGAGAGAGAGCAAAAGAUCCCACCGGCUGAUUUCACACUGCAAGAGUGAUUAUAGCAGCCCGUCUGAAAAAAUGGUAACCUUAUUAGAGGAUCAGUGAUCUGAGCCACAGCACAGCCAGAGCCACAGCAGGCAUGAAUGCAUCUGAUCUGUCUUCCUACCAAGGGGAGGUGAUGCUGGAUAACUCCACCUGGGCUUACUCCUACUAUAACAUAAACUACACCCUGUCCCCUCCGCUGAUACCAGACAAGACCAGCACGACCAAACCCGCAGCAUGCGAGCAGGUCCACAUCGCCGUGGAGGUAUUUCUCAUCCUCGGUAUCAUCUCCCUGCUGGAGAACAUCCUGGUCAUCACUGCUAUCAUAAAGAACAAGAACUUGCAUUCACCCAUGUACUUCUUCAUCUGCAGCCUGGCAGUGGCAGACAUGCUGGUGAGUGUGUCCAACGCCUGGGAGACGAUCAUCAUUUACCUCCUCAACAACAGGCAGCUGGUGGUGGAGGACCACUUCAUCCGCCAGAUGGAUAAUGUGUUUGACUCCAUGAUCUGUAUCUCAGUGGUUGCGUCGAUGUGUAGCUUGCUGGCGAUCGCUGUGGACAGGUACGUCACUAUCUUCUAUGCUUUGAGAUACCACAACAUCAUGACAGUGAGAAGAGCCGGCUGCAUCAUCGGAGGAAUCUGGACCUUCUGCACGGGCUGCGGGAUCAUCUUCAUCAUCUACUCAGACACCACCCCUGUCAUCAUCUGCCUGGUCUCCAUGUUCUUUGCCAUGCUGCUCAUCAUGGCCUCCCUCUACAGCCACAUGUUCAUGCUGGCUCGUUCGCACGUCAAGCGCAUCGCCGCCCUGCCGGGCUACAACUCCAUCCACCAGCGGGCCAGCAUGAAGGGAGCCAUCACGCUGACCAUCCUGCUGGGGAUCUUCGUCGUCUGCUGGGCCCCCUUCUUCCUCCACCUGAUCCUGAUGAUCUCCUGUCCGCGGAACCUCUACUGCGUGUGCUUCAUGUCCCACUUCAACAUGUACCUUAUCCUCAUUAUGUGCAACUCAGUGAUCGACCCGCUGAUCUAUGCUUUCAGGAGUCAGGAGAUGAGGAAGACUUUUAAGGAGAUCAUCUGCUGUUACAGCCUGAGAAACGCCUGUACCAACAUCUGCGCUCUGACGGGGAAGUACUAAGAGAUGCAAAGACACAAAAAGAUGAGUGGGAUGAACAGACUGAAUCUGAGACUGCAGCCUGAUCAUGAGAGAGUCGAUAGAAGAAUAGUUUGAGAAUUGGUUCAUUGCUCCUAUCUGCCAGAAGCACAUUUUUGUAUACUGCUUCAAAUGAACUGAAAAUGGGACACUCACUUCUGUCUCCUGCUGUAUCCACUAUGUACAUGAAGUGGUUAAUUUAUGAGUUAAAUUAUAUCAACACAGCUAGGACAAACUGGGAUCAUGAUUCAUAUGAAAGUAGGUCAAAGAAAACAGUUUGUGACCUUUCUUUCAUUGUAGCUGCCAUUCUUGUAUCAUUCUGCUUUGGCCAUUUAUUUGGAUACAAAAGGAUGUAAUCACACCUUAUUACCCUCAUACAUGUUUUUUUCAUUACAAUCUCUAAUCUCUAAUUAUUGUGAUUCUGUAAUAUCGUAAUUGUGUAAAAGAGCUUAUAUGCUUGCUUUAAAAGUCACAGUCACCAAGGUCCUUUAUUUACAUAAAUGCCUUUUAGGACGCCAUCUUUUGAUGAUUGAGGAAAAAAAACACUAAACCUACGUCCCAUUUAAUAAAGCCAUUACAUUUUGAGGUUGUUUUCAAUCUGUGUCGAGAAAAAAAUAGUGUGGUGCACAUAACCAAGCAAUGUUUUGUCUGACAGAGGGAGGAUGGUGAAGAAGAGGUGUUGUGUUUUCUCUGGUAUCUGCAAAGAUGCAGGGAACUGUCAGCAAAGCUGAACACUAAAGAGAAGUCAGACAACCACAACAACAACAACAGAGUUUACACAUUACCAACAUUUGUGGUGUUGCACCAGCUUAGAUCAUUCCAACGUAGGCAUGAGUUAUAACUACACCUAUAGCUCCUAGAAGGCGUUAAAUACUCGACUACCCAAAACAGCACGUCACUCCGCUGUUCAUAUUGCUCCACUGGCUCCCAGUUGCUGCUCGCAUCACAUUUCAACCCUGCUGCUCGCUGACAAAACAGCAACAAAAGCGGCUCCUCCUUACCUUAACUCUCUCAUCUAUGGCUACACUCCCCCCUGCCCACAUUCUGCCAGUGAAAGACACCUGCUCCAAUGUUCCCAAAAGGGGCCUAAGUCUCUAGCUUUGAGUAAUCAGAAGACUUGAAAAGUGCUAUACAAGCUCAAGUCCAUUUACCAUUUAGUCUUCUCCACUGUCGCCCCCCGGUGGUGAAAUGAAUUACCAACCUGCAUUUGAUCUGCAGAAUCCCUUUCCACCUUUAAGAAAAAGCUAAAGACCCAGCUAUUUUAUAAACACCUACACACUUAAUGAUAUUGAUGCGACUGACAAUAAUGAGGAUGAUGAUACUGAUGACGAGAGUAAUAUUUAGGAUGGUGUUGAUGCUGAUUACAAUUCUCAUGAGAAGCUGUUGAUGUUGAUGAUGAAGAAGAUAUAUUAAAACUAAAAAACUGUGUUUUGCCUCUGUGCACUGUCUGUCAGCACCUGUGUCUGAUCAGACACUCAACCCACUCAAAUUGAACAAGUGCUCUGUAAGAUACGGUUGUCAUGGUGUAUGGUUUUGAAAAGAGGGAUAGCUUGCAGGAUGAAGAGGAGCAGUGGGUUUGAUGUCAGUUUGUUCUCCAUGAAAGAUUCCCUCAGCAAUGCAUCAUGACUAUGAUUUGUACUCCUGUGUAUGUGUUUUGGUUGGAGGUGUGUAUGGUGGUGAUGUCGGAGGUUAAGAAAGACUACACAUCGAGGCAGGUGAGGGCCCUUGAUCACCCCCAAAGAUUUCUGAGGUCAAAUACAUUUGGAACCAUUUUUUAAAGGCAAGUAUACCAGCGCUCUAGGCAACAAGAAUCAGAAAAGCAAUCUUGUGUUAAAGGGAUAGUUUGGAUAUUUCAGAGUGGGGCUGUAUGGGUACUCGUGAAUAGUGAGUGUAUUGACCACAGGAGAUGACGGUCAGCUCAGCCCAAUUAUUGAGCAACGGUCAGAGUGCUUGCAAACGGAGCCACGUGUAAUUUUAACUCAUUUUAAGAAAAAUAUAAUCCUUCAUCACCCAACCAGCUGAUCAGUGUGCUGCAGGCGGAGGAAAAUGUAUGUGUAUUCCUAAAUAAAACCUAGUCUUACAUCGUUUUUGAUUUCUUGGUCAGUUUUUAAAACAAGAUGAAAUGUCGUUGUACAAACGGCCCUGUUAAGCAGCGGUGUAUAGCCUAGCUUUAGUGCCGACACUCCGACUUUGACAAGUACCUCAAACAGCCCAAAUUCAAAAAUCUCUUUAAAGGCAGGGUUGUUAAUUUUCAAAAACUAGCAUGAUUUUGAAAGUAGCAUUCCCUCAGUGCUCUGUCUGCACCCACCCCCUCCCCUCUUUGCACCC